AUAACGUGUGUUUUGGGCGACAUCUUGUGUAAAAAGACAUACUCACAAUAUGUGUCAUUCUAUCAUAAUGUCAAAUUCUACUGUCAUAGUUGUUGUUGUCAAUGCACAUGGCACGCGGUUUGUUAUUCUUCUCUGAAAACAAAUCAAAUUAUACAUUAAAUUACUGUAUAUUAGAGAACAUACGAUACAAUGGAAAACGAAUCACAAUUUAAACAUUCAAUUAAAGUUCCUAUCCAAUACAAAAAGGCAGCGAAAAUUCUGAAAACUUCAAUGGAAGGUCGUGCCUCAAUAAAAGGACAAAUAUUUGCUGAAAAACAUGCGAAAACAAACCGAUUGUACGCGCUUAUAACAAAAAUUUCAAAUAAUAAAGAUACAAUCGACGAAUUGUUGAAGCGCAGUAAGAUUUUGGAACGAGAAAAUCGUCUGGACAAAUACUUGUGCUAUGUUUUAGUUACGGAACUAAUCUUUGGCGCUAAGAAAUUAAAUGGAGAAUCAAAGCCAGUUUUAUGUGUUGCAGCCUAUGAAGAUCAAUUCAAGCAAAUACUGGUCGAAAUCGAAAGCGAAAAGACACCGGAAAGCAGCAGUAACAAUUCUGCCAAACAAAAUAGUGUAAAACCACGUUAUGUUCGUGUAAAUAUAAAUAAAAUGACUCGAACCGAAGCAUUGGAUUCAUUUGUAAAUGAUGGAUGGAUCGAAGUAAAAUGCACAAAUUACGAUGAGUUUUUGAAUUCAAUCGCGAAUUUAACAAACGAACAAUUUAUCUCGGAUAUACAUGUCAACGAUCUAUUCAUUUUCCCAGCAAGCAGUAAACGAUACUGGGCAUUGAGUAGUUUGGCAAAGGAAAGCAAAAUCAUUCUGCAAGACAAAGCAAGUUGUUUGCCAUCAUUUUUGUUAAGCCCACCGCGUGGAUCCAUCGUUUUAGAUAUGUGUGCGGCUCCCGGAAUGAAGACUUCACAUUUGGCUGCAAUUAUGAAAAAUCGUGGAACAAUUUGGGCCAUUGAACGUGACCGCAAACGAUUUGAGACAUUAAACGAGUUUGUGCAGAAAACUAAUUCAAAAAUGGUGAAAACAGUCAACUCCGACAUACUUUCAAUAGAUCCUUCUGAAUAUGAGAAAGUAGAGUACAUUCUCUUGGAUCCUCCAUGUUCUGGCAGUGGAAUGACGAACCGAUUAAACAUCUUUGGAGGAGAUUCAAACAGUGGUGAUCCGAGCGACAGACUAUUCCAAUUAGCAUCGCUACAAUCGAAAAUGCUGGUUUUUAGUUUGAAAAAUUUUCCAAAUGCUAAAAAAUUGGUUUAUUCCACAUGUUCAAUUAAUGUUGAAGAAAAUGAACUGGUUAUUCAACGUGCUCUUGAAUUAUGUCCGGAUACAGAUUGGAAACUCGUUAAACCAUUGGAAUUCGCUGAAAAAUGGAAAAAUUUCGGAAGUCCGAAGUUCAAACAUAUCGGAAAAAAGUGUUUGUAUGCAAAACCAGACAUCGAUCGAACUGAUGGAUUUUUCGUAGCUAUAUUUGAGCGGCAACAACAGACCGAAUAAAUAAUAUUGUGUAUUUAUUAUGAAAUAUGCUGUGGCAAUAAAUACUUUACUGUACUUUGUAUCGAAAGUUGGUAAUUUUGAGUUUGAAUAAAACACCAUUUUCACUUUGUUAUACAUUCAAUGUA